AUGAAUCAUGGAUAUUCCGACCUUCAGGUCGUACCGGACCAUCCAAGCCUUGAGCCUGCCCAAGCAGAGAAAGAGCUAGCAACACAGCAAAGUGCUGAGAAGAAGCCAGCCGGAGAUGCAUCUGCGUACCAAGACAUCGACUCCUCAAAUCGGCACAUUUGUGGUCUCAGAAGAAAAACAUUCUGGAUCGUUCUUGGGGUUGCUAUGGUGGUAGUCAUCGGAGCAGCUGUGGGCGGCGGGGUUGGAGGAGCACUUUCCAACAGAUCACCAGCGUCAGCGUCAGCGUCAGCGUCAGCGUCUUCAAGUUCUGGUGUUUCGUCCACGGCACCAACAACCACAGUCCCCUCAUCAGUCUCUCUCACAACGACCACGCUUGUCGGCCCGACGCAAACACUGCUUCGGGACUGCCCUUCAUCAAACAACACUCUAUACGAAGUCUCCUUUGGGGCAGACCAGUUCGAAUUUCGCAAAAUGUGCAGCGUCAAGCUGGCGGGAAAUGGCGAUAACGUCGUCAGUGUCAAGACAGCCAACCUCGAUGAUUGCAUCAAUCGUUGCGCCAACUACAACAACGAGAAUCGUACCGAGAUUGCCUCAGGGUCUAGCGGGGUUUGCAAUGCCGUUUGCUGGAGACACAGCUUGUCAUCUGACUGGCCAGGACAGUGUUUUGGGUUUUCGACGCAAAACUCGUCCACGGGUGGGUUUUCGGUAGACACUUCAGGUGUCGAGUGUGACUCUGCUGGGUGGAUUAAUCAGGAGAUAUUGUGA